UGCUGUGGGGUAUGAGUUGAGAAAACGCCAACUCUUCUUCCAAUUAUUCCAAUUUCGAAACAGCACUUUCUCUUUCCCGAGAAAAUUACAGCUUAAUCAACUACAAUACCAAAACCAACGCAACCAGAAGCUUCUUCUCUCUCAGCUCUUCUCAUCAUCCCUUGCACUCUCUCAGGUAAACAAUGCAACCAUUACCAGCCGAUUACAUAUCUAACCCUUAUUACCAAUACCCUCAAAACCCUAACCCUAAUCCAACCGAUAACCACCCUCUGCCACUACCGUCCUACGCCUCAGCCCCGCCAUUCACCGCCAAUUACCCUCCUUCCUCCUCCCCCGAUUACUCUUCUUUUACCUCCACAUAUCCUCCCUAUCCUCAAAAUCCCGAUCCUGUCCCUACUGCACCUUCCUAUUCUCAAAACUCUAAUUUACAACAGACCCUCUUCACUCCCCCUCCUCCACCACCACCACCACCCCAAUCUCAACCGCCCUCUUUCCCUCAAUUCGAAUCCCAUGGGCCGCCCUACCAACCUCCUGCCCACCAACAACCACCACCCUAUUAUCCACCGUAUGAUCAACAUCACACGGCUGUCACUGCACCGAAUUAUACCUCUCCUUCCACAAUUGCACCAAACCUCACUACUAAUCCCAAUUCCGGUUCACCAUAUUCUUCACUUUAUUCGUCUCAAUACAAUCAAUUAGUGUCAUCAGUGCCACCUGCAUAUGAAAACCAAUAUGAAAAUAAUCUGAAGUUUGAUCAGAGUGGGGGGUUUUCCGAUGAUUUACUGGCACAAUAUGGGAAUUAUGAUCGGAGCAGGUCCGAUUUGGGAUCGGGCUUAUACGGGGAGCGAUAUGAAUCGGGGGAGCGAUAUGAUUCCGGUGGGUAUGGAAAUGAUGAGUAUGGUGAUGGGGUUUAUGCUUAUCAAGGGAGUAAGGUGGAGCCGUAUGGAGCUCGGGGCACAGCUCCUAAGUCAUCGACUUGGUCAGGUUUUGAUGAUUUCGGAAGGCCAAUUGGUUUUUCUUCGGGGAAGGAUCCGCCAACAGGUUCGACUACGAAGAUUGUGAGGGCGGUUCCGAAGACUGACGCUCAGCAAGAUGUGAAGAGUGGGAUUCAGAAGUUUAGGGUCAAGCUGUUGCCGGAUGGUGGGAACCACAGCACCAUGGAUGUCCUUUGCCAGAUUGGCUUGGAUGGGAUUCGUAUGCUUGAUCCUAGUACUAGCCGGAUAUUGAGAAUAUAUCCUCUUGACACAAUAUCGAGAUGUGAAGUAACAGAUUCCUCUACCUUCACUUGUUGGUCCAAAAGUUCUGUGGACGUUGAACCAAGACGGAUUAGGCUGCAGUCAAAUAGUUAUACUACCAACACCAUUUUGGAUACUGUAACAGCUGCAACUGUACAGUUCAAAGAGAUGGGUGGAAGAAACAGGCCUCCUGAAUCUUCUAAGAUGGUUGAACAGCCUAAUGAGAAGAAGAAAGGUCUCGGUGACUUGAUGAACUUAAUGAAGCCUGCCAAUGAGGAAAAGGAUCAUUGGGUUCCUGAUGAAGCAGUUUCCAAGUGUACAGGUUGUGGGACAGACUUCAAUGCUUUUGUGCGCAAGCAUCAUUGCAGGAAUUGUGGAGAUAUAUUCUGUGACAAGUGCACCCAUGGCAGAAUUGCUCUUACAACUGACGAGAAUGCUCCGCAAGUUAGAGUUUGUGAUCAAUGCAUGGCAGAAGUUACUCAGCGGUUGAGCAAUGCUAAAGAAGCUGCCAGCAGAUUGGCUGGAUUGCAGAGUCAUGAGGAUCUCGCCAAGAAGCUUCAGGAGGAGAUGGAGAGAAAUCGCAAGGCAUCAUCAGGCUCCAAGUCUGAGGGAUCUGGUAGGCAGAUGAAAGAGGUUGCCUGUCCUACUUGUACAGUGCAUUUGCAGGUUCAAGUUCCCAACUUCGGUUCUGAGACCAUAGAGUGUGGGGUUUGCCAGAAUCCAUUCCUUGUAAGUGCCCAUUGAUGUGACCGUGAAUGUUAAGGAGACAAGUGCCAUUUGUUGAAAUUCAAUACAUUAGCACCUGUGAGCCUUUUGUCAUUUAUAGAGUUUGGGUUGGUAUGUGACCAUCUCUUCUCUUUGAUUUAUCAAUAACUUCUGUGGGCUGUCAGUUGGUUUUGCUUUGUCUAUAUGUAUAUGGAACUGUUUCUCAUUCUAAGUCCACUGCAUCUGCUGGUGGUGGUGAUGCUUUAUGUAAAAAAUUGACAGCAUGUGAAUGUAUGUAAAAUAUUCAU